UGUAGCUACAAUCAGCUUUUUUUUAGUCGCAUUUGUUUAAAAUAACUAGAUGGUCCAAUGAUACUGUUGUGUAACCGCACGCACGCAGCGCUUCGUGCAUUUACAGCGACGAUUUACAGCCCCGAUAUCUGAGAGAAUAGGUCAUUUUUCCAGACUAUAAGCAAGCCCGGAGAAACAGCGCGUGCGCAGAGCAUGGACAGCGCAUGCUCUGUGGUGUUUUCCAGUUUGUACAUCUGUCUCUGCCGGUGCAUGAACAAGACGAGGAUAAGCAGCACGAUCUGUUCUGCCAAGAAACCUGAGACCUGACCCAUGGCUCAGUUUGGGGGACAGAAGAACCCCCCGUGGGCGGCACAGUUCGCAGCCACCGCGGUAUCUCAGCCUGGACACUCAGGACAAUCGCUCGACUUGAACAGUUUGCACUCUUUGGGUGUGCAGCAGCCCUCUCUCCUGGGUGCUUCCCCAUCCAUGUACUCCCAGCAGUCUGCGCUGGCAGCGGCUUCUCUCAACUCGCAAUCAGCCGCCAACUACCAGCUCUCCCAGCAGACCGCAGCUCUGCAGCAGCAAGCAGCAGCCGCCGCAGCCGCUGCCCUGCAACAGUCCCAGAUCAACUCCGCCCUGCAGCAGUAUCAACAGCAGCAGCAGCAGCAGCAGCAGCAGCAGCAACAGCAGCAGCAGCAGCCGCCGCAGCCACCACAGGCUCCGCCUCCACAGCAGACCCUCUACAAUGUCCCUCACCAGCUGCCACAGCCACAGCAGGCCUUGCUUUCACAGCCCCCUGUGGCCCUGCCGACCAGCCUCAGCUUGUCGAACCCGCAGCAGACGGCCCAGAUCACCGUGUCCUACCCCAGCCCCCGCUCCAGCCACCAGCAGCAGGCGCAGCCCCAGAAGCAGCGCGUCUUCACCGGGGUCGUCAACAAGCUGCACGACACCUUCGGCUUCGUGGACGAGGACGUGUUCUUCCAGCUCAGUGCUGUGAAGGGGAAGACGCCCCAGGUUGGUGACCGGGUUCUGGUGGAGGCGGUCUACAAUCCCAACAUGCCCUUCAAAUGGAACGCCCAGCGCAUUCAGACCUUGCCUCAGCUGGCCUCGCAGUCGCUACAGCAGCCUCAGCCCUUACCUCCAGUCUCCCCACAGCUCGUGAGCUUUUACUCUGAUGCAGGAUUGCCUCGCUACUCUGAAAUGCACUCCGCGGUGGACUCGAGACAAAAUAGCCAGCCCCCAGGCCCCGGCAUGAUGAAACCGGCCCCCACCAUGCUGCAGUCACUGCCUCCGCCCACCACCUUCAGCAUGCCUGCCCAGGGACCGCCGCCCUCCCUCCUGCAGGCCCAGCUCUCUGCAGCCUCCCUGGCCCCCCUGCUGCAGAACCCCCCCCAGCCCCUCCUGCCACAGCCGCCCCCCAAAGAGUGUGUGUUUUCGGGAGGCUUGCUCCAGCCCCCUGUGAGGAUGAUGCCGCAGCCUCAGCCAGUGCGUCGGCUGGAACCCGCUCCCCGUUUCCCAAACCGCAAUGACCGCCCGGAGCUCAUCCUCAGGAAGGACGACCGCAGCCGCGAAAGAGAGCGGGAGCGGCGGAGGUCGAGGGAGCGGUCUCCCACACGCAAACGCUCCCGAGACCGCUCCCCUCGUCGGGACCGAUCCCCCAGACGUCCCCGCCGGGUGGUCCCGCGAUACACCGUGCAGUUCUCUAAGUUCUCCCUGGACGGGUACAACUGUGACAUGAUGGAGCUGCGGCGUCGGUACCAGAGCCUCUACAUCCCCAGCGACUUCUUCCACGCGGAGUUCACCUGGGUGGACGCCUUCCCCCUCCACCGCCCCUUCCAGUUCGGCAAUUACUGCAACUUCCACAUCAUGCACAAGGAGGUGGACUCGCUGGUCAAGAACACCGCUGUUCUGGACCCGGCGGAUGCCAACCACACCUACAGUGCCAAGGUGAUGCUGCUGGCCAACCCGAGUCUGGACGAGCUGUACCACAAGUCCUGCGCCCUGGCCGAAGACACACAGGAGCUGCGAGACUCAUUCCAGCACCCUGCCCGCCUCAUCAAGUUCCUUGUUGGGAUGAGGGGCAAGGACGAGGCCAUGGCCAUUGGGGGGCACUGGUCCCCCUCCCUGGACGGCGCAGAGCCUGAGAAAGACCCCUCCGUGCUCAUUAAAACAGCCAUACGUUGUUGUAAGGCCCUGACAGGCAUUGAUCUGAGUUUAUGCACGCAGUGGUAUCGCUUUGCAGAGAUUCGCUAUCACCGCCCUGAGGAGACACACAAAGGGCGGACAGUCCCCGCUCAUGUGGAGACAGUGGUUUUAUUUCUCCCGGAUGUUUGGCAUUGUCUUCCUACCCGCUCAGAGUGGGAGGGGCUGUCCCGCGGACUCAAGGAGCAGCUGGCAGAGAAACUCUUGGCUGAACGAAAGGAGGCUGAUGCAGAACAGGCAGAAGAGGAGAAGGAUGAAGAGGAUUCAAAGGAGGUCACAACUCCCACUCAUUGGGCCAAACUUGACCCGAAGUCAAUGAAGGUGAAUGACCUGCGGAAGGAGCUAGAAAGCCGAACUCUGAGCUCCAAGGGGCUCAAGUCCCAGCUGAUCGCCCGCCUCACCAAGCAGCUGAAGGUGGAGGAGCAGGUGGAGGAGGCCCAGGAGCCGGAGAAGCCCGAGGCACCUCCUGUGGAGGAGGAGGAGCCGGCCCGCUCCGAGGAGGACCGAGAGGAGGAGGAGAGGAAGCGGCAGGAGGAUCUGGAGCGGCAGCGGCGGGAACGGCGCUACGUGCUGCCCGACGAGCCCACCAUCAUCGUGCACCCCAACUGGGCCGCCAAGAACGGCAAGUUCGACUGCAGCAUCAUGUCCCUCAGCGUCCUGCUGGACUACCGGCUGGAGGACAACAAGGAGCACUCCUUCGAGGUGUCUCUGUUUGCUGAGCUCUUUAACGAGAUGCUCCAGCGGGACUUUGGCUUCAGGAUCUACAAAGCGCUGGCCUCCCUGCCCUCCAAGGACGACAAGAAGGACAAGAAGGACAAGGCCAAGAAAGAGGUGGACAAGAGGGAGGAGAAGAGGGAGGCCGAGAAGAAGGACGUGAAGAAGGAAAAGGAGGACGAGAACGGAGAGCCAGCGGUGAAGAAAAUGAAAGAGGAGAGAGAGGAGAAAAAGAAGUGUGUCGAUGUCCCCGCCCACCAGGAGGAGGAGAAGGAGAGAACGCUGAAGAAGGAGGAGUCCAAAGAUGAGGAUGACAACGAGGAUGAGGGGAGCAACGUGAACGCGGAGGAGUACGACCCCAUGGAGGCAGAGGAGGCCGAUGAUGAAGAUUAUGAUGAUAAAGAUGAUGAAGACUCUAAUGGAAGAGACAGGCGGGAUGAUCGGAGAGAUGACAGGAAGUCGAAAGAGAGGUCUUCAAAAGAUAAGGAGAAGAAGCAGAUGGUCACACACAACAGAGACCUCUUGAUGGCUUUUGUGUACUUUGAUCAAAGUCACUGUGGAUACCUGCUGGAGAAGGACGUGGAGGAGAUCAUGUAUACUCUGGGCCUGCACCUGUCCCGGGCCCAGGUCAAGAAAUUGUUAAAUAGACCCUUUGUGAAGGAGUCGUGCUUCUACAGGAAACUGACCGACCGAGCAAAAGACGAAGGCUGCCCCUCUUUCAUUGAGGCUUCCCUGGAUAGCCUUUUAGGGAACACGGCGUUGCUGCCUUCUCACAAGUACAAGCGUGAGUCCAGCGAGCCCCAGUCUGGCAGCCUGAUUGUGUACAACGGGGCCAUGGUGGACGUGAGCAGCAUGAUGCAGAAACUGGAGAAGAGCGAGAAGUCCAGAGAGGACAUUGAGCAGAAGCUGAUGACACAGGACACUAAAAUGGAUGAGGAUGCGAAACACAUAUCGCACCUGGAAACGACCAAUCGCAGCCUGACGCGGGAGCUGGAGGACGUGAAGGCCAGGCUUGCGCAGACCGAAGGGAACCUGAGCGCAACGGAGCAGACGAAGAGCUCCUUCGAAGAUCAGCUGCACAAAACGGUCACCAACCUGAAUGGAGUGAUUAAGGAAUUGCAAGGUGUUUUACAAAAGGAAGUUCCUUCUGAAGACGGUGACCAAAAAUCCCAGGCCAAUGGAUCUGAAUGAGCUGCCUUUCUGAUCUUAUGAAACUGUAAAUACGCACUAACUCCUCAAAUGGUCUUUCUUAUAAAACUGUACAUAAGCACUAACCAUUCAAAUGCUUGUUUUAUUUUGGAUCAUUGAUUUUUAAUUGUUUUGUGCCCAGAUACAGUUUUAUGGAUGAUUGUCGGGUCAUUGUAGUGACUGAUUUCAGGUCUCGUACAUUACAUAUUAUCCAAAUGAAAGGAAUCCAUUGACAAAAUAACUUGUUUAAAAUUAAAUAGGUUAAAUAUCUCAGUUGUAAUAUGUUCAAAUAAUAAGGCUUAAUUUUAAGUUUAUAUUUAAAAGCAUUAUUUUGUUUAGAAUAGUGUUUUGAGGGUUCUGUUGAAAUUUGAAAUGUAUCGGUCUUUCGUAAAGGAGACAGGUUUUUUUUUUUUUUUUUUUUACAAAAUAAUGCUCAAUUAAUAUUAAUUUUUGAAGGUUGUCUAUUUAAAACAGUUUAUUUUGCUUUCCUGUCUAAUCCCUCUGUCCAAAUAGUUUGUGCCAGUAUGUGUGUGCUGUACUUAUCCAGGUCUAAUUAGCAAUAAUAGUGUGUUAUUUAUGUUUCAAGUGGUGUGAGUUUCAAAAAAAGGAAAAGGCUUUGGUAAGAACCGCGCGUGAAAGCAGUGCAGUACGAAACCAGACGCUGUUCGGCAGCGUUCCUCUAUAUUGCAGUGACUUGGCUGAUCAAUAAACACAUUUUUAACGGAGCAUUUCUUUCCUUCUUGCGACUGGGCUAAGACACAUACGCCCCGCUUUACACGCUUUCCUUUGCAUGCAGCUCCCCCCAGUCCAACUCUGGAGUAAAACUCCUUUUAAAUCGUAUUUAAAAAACACACACGCGUGCGCACACACACACACACACACGCACAAGUCACAGUUUUUUUCUGCCUUCAGAUUGUGUUUAACAGGGCUAGCCCCGUUUGUGAAUUAUUCCGUUUGUUCAUAUAAAAAGGGAAUUUGACGAGUUUGGCUAAAUAUUUACACUAAGACGAGUGGCAGCCAGCGUUUUAUAGUUACGGUUGAGUUUCCACGUACAUGCGUGAACGUUCUGAAAGUGACUGAAGAGCAACUGUUUCUUUCUGGUUCUGCCUGAUGUUCUCUGUGGAAAUGAUUACAAUGAAUGGGGUGUGCUUAAAGGAAAGAAAGACCUGAUUUAGACAUGAGUCCAAAGCAGAACAAUGCAUAUUAUUUUUCUAUUUAAAAUGUACUCUAUGGUUGUCCUGUGCUAAUAAAAGUGGUUCAUUUUA